GAGGAGAAACUCGUUGGCUUUGUCGAUGUUCAACCAGCUCUUGCCGACUUCACACUGCAGACCUCCAGCUUUCAGGUUUUCAGCUACAAGUCCAAGUAUCCCAGAGUUUCAACCACGGAGGAGGUUGACGGCUACCAACGCGAAACCGAGGAUGUUCUGAAGAAACUUCUUGAUGCUGAAGAGGUUGUUUGCUACGAGGUCCUACCCACGCGGGUGCUCACGGCUAAUUUCCGCAUUUAG